UUUGUUGUAAUAUUUAAACAAUGCAGUCAGUGAGUUGCAUUAUUUUUUGAUAAUUUUUUUUCUCCUUGAAACUGAAUAUGUCAAAUAACAGCUCUGUGGCUGUCCUUUUUCAACAACAGGUAAACUUCCGGCUGAUGUUUGUGCAGAUGUUGGUGAUGAUUUUUCUGUGCAUCAACAUGCUGCUCAUUGUGACUUUCUUCAAAAAGGAGUGUUUCCACACAAGCGCUCGGUAUAUUCUAUUUGCUGUUAUGUUGCUGUCAGACAGUUUUGUGUUAAUCAUAUCUGAUGUUUUGCUUAUUUUAAACUGGGUUGAAUUCAGCAUACAUGUCUGGCUGUGUACCAUUAUUUCUGUUGUCACACUCCUCUAUGUUAUGGCCACACCUGUGACUCUGACAGCUAUGACCCUGGAGCGUUAUGUGGCCAUUUGCCUGCCCCUGCGGCAUGCAGAGCUGUGCUCCACCCGCAGGUCCGUACGCUGCAUCCUCAUUAUUCACGGCAUCAGCUCUGUUCCCGGCAUGAUGAUUCUCAUUGUGUUCUUGGCGACAGCGCCUUUCAGCCUCUACAAACAAAAGGCUUUGUGUUCAGUGGAGAUGUUCCUUUUGCAGACAUGGCAACGUCAUUUUAGGUCCGCUGUAAGUCAGUUUUACUUUUUGAUUAUGUGCAUCGUCAUCAUUUUCUCCUAUGCUCAAAUAAUGAAGGUGGCCAAAGCUGCUUCUACAGAGAAUAAGCGGUCAACACAGAGAGGGCUGAGAACAGUCACCCUUCAUGCUUUCCAGCUGCUGCUCUGUCUCAUCCAGCUGUGGAACCCCUUCUUCGAGGCUGCUGCACUUCAUAUUGAUUUUACUUUAUUUAUGGACAUCCGGUACUCUAACUACAUACUGUUUAAUGUUGCACCAAGAUGUUUGAGUCCUCUUAUUUAUGGUCUCAGGGAUGACAAAUUUUUUCUUGCCCUAAAAAACGAUAUUUGCUUGAGCUCUUGUAAAAGACGGAAAGUCUGA